GAAGGGGAAAGAUACUGCGAGGUAACACCGCAAGGAAGCAACGGAAGUGUGCAUGACAGCCUUUAUGUGAUUGUGACCUCCCCUCCUUUGUUCCUCUUUCCCUCCGUCAUCAUCCCCAAACUCCAUACGGCGCCGUUUCCCUUUCAUCUCUUCUCUCUCUCUCUCUCUUUCUCCGAUGCGCUUCUCCUUCUCAUUCCGCUCUGUCGUUUUCUUCGCGCUUUGCUUUGCGCCGCGACUCUUCCAGUCAACGCUACCGUUUGGCUUCUUCUAAUCGUCGUUUUAUCGAUUCAUCCGCAUAAAGCACUAUCCUCGCGCGCUUUCCUUCCUCACUCUCUCACUCGGCGACUCCUUUUCACUCCGUCUUUCUUUCAACUCUUAUCUGGAAUUCAGCCGAACCCCGAACUGUUGGUUCGUUGAAGAAAACACGUUUCAGUCGGUGGUUUUUUAUGCGUGAUCGCCGGAAUUAGAUUACCAAUGGAAGUUGCUGAUUCUGGAGCAUCCUGAUUUUGCCGUGGCAAGGAGGAGAGUUUGUUUUCAGUCAAAUUGUUUUUGAAGGUGCAGGCGACUCUCUGCCGUAGUUGAUGGAGCGGCCUGGGAGCUUAAAUGGCAGUCAGCAUGUGAUAGAAAUAGCAGGGAGUUCCGAUGCUUCUACUUCAACUGCGACACAUCAUAAUAGCAAUUUUAAUGGCACAGAUGUUACGGUACACGAAGAAAGAGUUACCGGUGCAAGGACGCCUCUAUCUCAUCCUUCGGUUUCAGUCGCUAGUUUAUCAAAUGGGUCUAAUAGUCGGAAUUCCUCAUUCAUGAGACGCGGGGAUACUCGUAGGAAUAGGAGUCCGGUGCAUUCGGGGUUGUGGAUAUCGAUUGAGCUGGUCCUCUUAGUGAGCCAGAUUGUUGCAUCUAUCGUUGUUUUAUCUUUGUCAAGGCAUGAACGUCCUCGUACUCCAUUGUUUCAAUGGAUCAUUGGUUAUGCUUCCGGAUGUGUUGCUACCCUCCCUCUGCUUUAUUGGCGGUAUUAUCAUCAUAACCAUACGAGAGAGCAGGAUUCAUCUCAAUCAAGGCAAACAUCUCCUCGGAUUAAUGAUCCUUCAGGGACACUCCUUUUCAGUUCCAGAACAAGUGGUGGAGAAGAUGGUCAGGUUGUUGCAUCCUCCAGAAGCAAUCAAGCUUCUGUGUUGAUGAAUAGAAGAAUGAAGACUCUAGUGGAAUACUUCAAAAUAUCUUUAGAUUGCUUUUUUGCUGUAUGGUUUGUUGUUGGAAAUGUAUGGAUCUUUGGGGGACAUUCGUCUGCUGAUGAAGCUCCUAACUUGUACAGGUUAUGUAUAGUGUUUCUUGCCUUUAGCUGUAUUGGUUAUGCUAUGCCCUUCAUUCUCUGUUCAACAAUCUGCUGUUGUCUCCCAUGUAUAAUUUCCAUCCUUGGGGUUAGAGAGGACAUGUCUCAAAACAGAGGGGCAACUUCUGAAUCUAUUAAUGCUUUGCCAACUUACAAGUUCAAGAUGAAGAAAAAUAAAAGAAAUGGAGAAGGCAACUCAACUGAAGGUGGAGUUGUGGCUGCAGGAACUGAAAAAGAGCGAGUAAUAUCUGGAGAAGAUGCAGUAUGCUGCAUCUGUCUGGCAAAGUAUGAAAAUAACGAUGAGUUGAGGGAAUUGCCUUGUUCUCAUCUUUUUCACAAAGAUUGUGUGGAUAAAUGGUUGAAGAUAAAUUCAUUAUGCCCCCUUUGCAAGAAUGAUGUUGGUGAAAAUUUAACAGGAUUGGUCUCAAGUGAAGAUGCCAGCCAACACCGGAGUGAGAGCAGGAUUGAGAAUGGCCUCGCGAAUACCUCACUUUAGUCGAGUUAUAUACAGAUAUACAAUUUGAUCCCUCUCAUUUUCCUUGAGAAUUGGAUAAUGUCCUCUGGCGCGUUACUAGAGAGAAAGAAAGAACUAGUCACCUUUGGUGAUGGUGGGAAUUACCUAUUUAUGAAACUGAACUUUGCACAGGCAAUGGUGAGUUCCUACACAAUAAACUGCAUUUCUCUCAUAACAAGAUGGCCUUCUCGAUGGAAAGGAAAUAAUCUGAAGCCCCUUUUGGGUACGCACAGCUUGUACUUUUUGUAAAGUUUUUUCUAUGCACUUCACCUUUUGGAAGGAUGCUUGGUUGAGGUCAUCCAUUCCAUCUCAUUUUUGUUGAUGCAUUUUCCUUUUCUUGUUGAAACUUUACGAUGGCCUCAUACAAGGCAUACCCGUCUGUAGUCUAGUGGUGCAACUAAUUGUUCAAGGGACGCCCAUCAUGGCCAUAAAUCGUGUGGUAUUGACUAUGGGAAUUAAAGAGUCCGAUUUCAUGUAAAUGAGUCACAGGAAAAAUAUAAUAUAUAUAUAACGUCAAGUAUUUGCCAUCUUCAUCAUUUGGCAAUUGUGUCA